GUUAGGGCGCGCGCCCCGUUGCGCAUGCGCACAUUCGCUGGCCAGAGCUCGGGCAGACACGGACAAUGGCGGAGCUGGGGGAGGCGGACGAGGCGGAAUUGCAGCGCCUAGUAGCGGCCGAACAACAGAAGGCGCAGUUCACUGCACAGGUGCAUCACUUCAUGGAACUAUGUUGGGAUAAAUGUGUGGAUAAACCAGGAAGCCGUCUGGAUUCUCGCACUGAAAAUUGUCUCUCAAGCUGUGUGGACCGCUUCAUUGACACUACUCUUGCUAUUACGAGUCGUUUUGCCCAGAUUGUACAGAAAGGAGGUCAGUAGGAGGCCAUCUGGGAGAAUGACAGAUGCUUCAAAGGACUUGUUACCAAACAAUUGGAGGAGAAAUGGAGCAAGGUCAUCAAGUCUGCUGUCUGGUCAACUUUAGGCUGUUAGUUACUUAAGCCUGUUGGUACUAACAAGUACCAUAUUAAAAAGUGAAAUUUAUUUAUUUGGAAUUGAGAAAUUCCAGGUUGUAACCCAUCAUUAUUCAAUAAAUGUGAAUUCUCCA